UAUCCCUGUCACCUCUAGCCUCUAGUCACUCGUGAUCCACCUCGUCCUAGCGUUCUGCUCUAGCUGCUCUAGCGCUAAAGCGACACCUCGCGUUCACACACGCAACGACCUAGCGACCAUGACCACCGAUACCGACAAGCUCGCCGAGCACGACCCUCACUUCGAAGCAACCGCAGCAGCGCUGGACCACAUAACCUCCCACGCCGCCAGUUCCGAAGACCCUCAAUCCACCCUCCACACUCCUUCUUCGGACCGUCAAGCAUCGCACCGAUGGCUCGAGCGCAUCUUCCCUUCUUACUCCAGCCUCGAAGCUAUGGAAUCCGCUUUCCACAUGGGCAACUACGUCGUCACCGACCGUCAAACCGGCUCCCAAUCAAAGGUCUUCGAACCCAUGUCCAUCUACGUCCGGAUCGGUAUGCACGCCCUAUACUACGGCUCUGCCCAAGAAAAAUUCCUCCGGUGGGAACGCACUAUCAAGCUGCUCGAAGACCAAAGCAUAAAGAUGGGGGAACAAUACGACGACCCAGCUAGCGUGAAGCAUAUCCGGCCGUUCAUCCAGAGUUUCCGGUUGGAAGAGGGGUUGAAAGAGUUGAAAGAGCCUGAUCCGGAAAAGUAUGGGACGUUCAACGAAUUCUUCUCUAGGGAGAUUAGGGAAGACGCUAGACCUAUCGCCGAGCCGGACAACGACACCACAAUCUCCUCCCCCGCCGACUGCCGCCUGACAGCGUACCCCACAAUCUCCCUCGCCAAGAAAUUCUGGAUCAAAGGCUACGGCUUUACCAUCCCCAAGCUCCUCAACGACAACUCCCUCGCCUCCUCCUUCUCCGACGGCUCCCUCCUCAUCGCCCGUUUAGCUCCUCAGGAUUACCACCGUUGGCAUUCCCCCGUGGAUGGGGUGAUCGAGUCCAUAACAGAGAUCCCUGGGUGUUAUUAUACCGUCAACCCCCAGGCUAUCAACGAACCGGGGACGUUAGACGUUUUCUGUGAAAACAGGCGGAGCGUGAUGAUCGUCCGCUCCAAAUCGAAUCCGGAAUUCAAGGUGGCCAUCAUCGCCGUCGGGGCCAUGCUAGUAGGUUCAAUCCUCUACAACCCCGGGAUCUCUCCGGGUAAAGAAAUCCGACGAGGAGAAUGUCUAGGAGCGUUCCGGUAUGGGGGGAGUACGGUGAUCGUGCUUUUCCCUCGAGGGGAGGUCGUGCUGGAUGAGGAUCUCGUUAGGAACUCUACGGGUGGUAAGGUCGGGAGUGAUGUAGGUGGGGUUGAUGGUAAUGAUGGACAGGGCGGAGCGAGUGGCCAGGGUGGAGAGAGUGGGGCGGGAGCUUGCGAGACAUUGGUCAAAGUCGGCUGGAGGGUCGGUGUCAGUCCAAGCAGGUCGUGAAUCUAGUUGGUCAACGGUCGAUCUGUGCUGGGUUUACUUUGGCUCGGAUAGUUACCGUGAUCCGAUAACAAUAAUAAUAAUGCAAUGUUUCCGAAGACGAGUAUGAAUGGUCGAGCGUCGAAUGGGAGAAGAGCCGGACGGAGAUGUCUGACA